CUUCAAAAAGGAUCUUUGUUGUUUGGCUUUGUCUUUCAUCGUCCACAACAACACUGUCGCCGUUGCAUGCUUCGUUGAUACCCACCUACAGUCCUACUUGUACUUCGAUCAAGAACAAGCUGAAGACGAGAAAAAUAUCCAGCCAUGCCGAUUGAUAUCAAUGAACUGCGUGACUACAAGGGUGGCGACCCUGAAAAGUAUCGCACCUACAUGACCCAGCGCUACAAGAACCCUGCCAUUGUGGACCAGGUCUUGGCCAUCGAUCAACAAUGGCGCGAAGUAACCAAAGAAGGUGACAAACUUCGCAAGGAAGUGAACAAGUUGCAAAAAGAGGUGAUUGCGCCUAAAAAGAAAGCCAAAGAACCCUGUGAUGAAGAAGUUGCUCAAAUGAAAGCCAUUCAAGCCACUAUCAAAGAAAAGGCUGCUGAGUUGCCCAUUUUGGCCGAAAAACGGGAUGCCUUGCUGGGACAAAUUGGAAACAUUGUGGAUCCUGAGGUUCCCAUUGCAGAGGACGAAGAGGAAGAUAACUUGGUUGUCUGUUUGCAGCCCAUACCUCCAGAAGGGGAAGGAAAGAGCGACUUCUUGCCCUCUCCUCAAGGCGCCCUUAAAUAUACCUUGCCACCCACCAAACCGAUGACCCAUGAUGAUUUGCUCUGGCGUAUUGGAGGAUAUGAACCGACUCGAGGUCAAAAUGUGGCUGGGGCUCGUCAGUACUUUUUGACCAAUGCAGGAGUCCUUUUGAAUCAGGCAAUUAUCAACUAUGGUAUUGCCUUUUUGAUGGCCCGAGGAUACCAGGUGUUGCAGCCACCUUUCAUGAUGAAUAAGGAGGUCAUGGCCAGCAUUGCACAAUUGGAAGAUUUUGAUGAGCAGCUCUACAAGGUCUCUGGAAAAACGGAUGAUCCUACUGGAAGCACUGAGAAGUACCUGAUUGCCACCAGUGAACAGCCAAUUUGUGCGUACCACAAGGGUGAGUGGAUCGAUGAAAAAACCUUGCCUCUGAGGUAUGCUGGUGUCUCUACUUGUUUCCGAAAGGAAGCUGGAUCUUCUGGGAAAGACAUCCGAGGAAUCUUUCGUGUGCAUCAGUUUGAUAAGAUUGAACAGUUUGUCAUUACUGAAGACAACUUAGAGGUCUCUCAGGCAGAACAAAAGAGAAUGCUGCAGGCGGCCAAAGAUUUCUAUGACAGUUUGGGAUUCAGCUACCGUGUUGUCUGCCUUGUGUCUGCAGAACUCAAUGAUGCUGCUAUCAAAAAGUACGAUCUUGAGGCUUGGUUCCCCGGACAACAGGCUUAUCGGGAGCUUGUCUCUUGCUCCAACUGUACUGAUUUUCAGGCCCGUGGUGUUGGAGCCCGAUGUGGUGUCAAGAAGCAGGACAAGGACUUGACUGCUCGUGCUUCUUAUGUUCACAUGCUCAACGCCACCCUUUGUGCCACAGGACGAGGUAUCUGUUGUCUCCUGGAAACUCAUCAGACUGAAGACGGUGUCAUCGUACCUGAGGUGUUGCGACCAUACAUGGGUGGAAAGGACUUUUUGCCCUUUGUCCGCGGACCCAUGGAGAUGACCAAGGGUGAAAAGGGCAUCAUGAAAUCAAAGAAGAAAUAGGUUAUCUUUGAAUAGAAUAUAUCGUUUCCGUUUGUUCAUAGUUUUGCUUCGUCAUGGCUGGUGACUGCUGAUAACCUGUAUUAAAAUUUGCAUAAACUAUCGCC